UCUUUGCCUCCCUCCCUCCAUCCCUCCCCCUCCCCUCCUCUCUCUGUGUGUUUUUUUGCAGCGAGAGGCGGUGCCUGAGCGCACGUAGUGUGACAUUUCCAUAGUCCGCCCGCUGCUGCCGGAGGGGCUCGGGGGCAAAGACAAAAAGUACUUUUUUUCCCUCCCUCCCCUCCUCCUCUUCCUCUCUCAGCCCGCCAUCGCGGCCCGGCGCCGGCUGUUCCCGCGGCCCCCCAUGCGCCCGGGUGGCACGGCACGCACUUAGGGCUCCGUUCGCCUUCGUUUUCAUUUUAUUUUUCACCCCUCGAGAGAGGGAGGGAGGGCCGCGAGCCGCGGAGCCGAUUAUCCUCCCCGUCCUCUCUCUCUCUCUCCUUCCUCCAUCGCGUUUUGUUUUCUCCCCACCUCCUCCCGCCAGCCGAGGGCUGCAGCCGCCGCCGGGAAGAUGAACAAGCUCUACAUCGGCAACCUCGGCGAGAACGUCAGCCCGCUCGAUCUGGAAAGUCUCUUUAAGGACUCCAAGAUCCCCUUCUCGGGCCAGUUCCUGGUUAAGUCCGGCUACGCCUUCGUGGACUGCCCCGACGAGAACUGGGCCAUGAAAGCCAUCGAGACUCUUUCGGGUAAAGUGGAGCUGCACGGAAAACUCAUAGAAGUUGAGCAUUCGGUGCCUAAAAGACAAAGGAGUCGGAAACUUCAGAUCAGAAACAUCCCACCUCACUUGCAAUGGGAGGUAUUGGACAGUUUGUUAGCUCAGUAUGGAACAGUGGAGAACUGCGAGCAAGUGAACACUGACACAGAGACUGCAGUUGUAAAUGUAACAUAUGGCAAUAAGGACCAGGCUAGACAAGCAAUAGAAAAACUGAACGGGUUUCAGCUUGAAAACUAUUCCUUGAAAGUCGCUUAUAUCCCCGAUGAAAUGGCAGCACAGCAACCUCCACAGCAACAUCCCCAGGGACGACGUGGAUUUGGACAGAGGGGCCCUCCAAGGCAGGGUUCACCCAGCGCAGCCACGCGGCAGAAACCACAGUCGGACGUUCCUCUACGGAUGUUGGUUCCCACACAGUUUGUUGGAGCCAUUAUUGGGAAAGAAGGAGCAACCAUCAGAAAUAUUACAAAGCAGACUCAGUCCAAAAUUGAUAUUCAUCGUAAAGAGAAUGCAGGUGCUGCUGAGAAACCAAUUACCAUUCACUCAACUCCUGAAGGCUGCUCAACAGCUUGUAAAAUUAUCAUGGAGAUCAUGCAAAAAGAAGCUCAAGAUACUAAAUUUACGGAAGAAAUUCCCCUGAAGAUACUGGCACACAACAACUUUGUUGGUCGACUUAUUGGCAAAGAAGGAAGAAACCUGAAGAAAAUUGAGCAGGACACAGAUACUAAAAUCACGAUAUCUCCAUUGCAGGAUUUGACACUCUAUAAUCCGGAAAGGACCAUUACAGUUAAAGGCAGUAUUGAAACUUGUGCCAAGGCCGAGGAAGAAAUUAUGAAGAAAAUCAGGGAAUCCUAUGAAAAUGAUAUUGCUGCUAUGAAUCUUCAAGCACAUUUAAUUCCUGGAUUAAAUCUGAAUGCCUUGGGUUUGUUCCCACCUUCUUCUUCAGGAAUACCACCCCCUGCAGUGAGUGUUGCCUCCGCUGCUGCUGCUGCUUCAUAUCCACCAUUUGGGCAACAGCCCGAGUCUGAGACUGUUCAUCUGUUCAUCCCGGCCUUGGCAGUUGGAGCUAUUAUUGGCAAGCAGGGACAGCACAUCAAACAACUUUCUCGCUUUGCAGGCGCAUCUAUUAAGAUUGCCCCUGCUGAAGGACCAGAUGCCAAGCUGAGGAUGGUUAUCAUCACUGGACCUCCAGAAGCUCAGUUUAAGGCUCAAGGGAGAAUCUAUGGAAAACUUAAAGAAGAAAAUUUCUUUGGACCUAAAGAAGAAGUGAAACUUGAGGCUCAUAUAAAAGUGCCAUCCUAUGCCGCUGGUAGAGUUAUUGGUAAAGGAGGCAAAACAGUAAAUGAGCUUCAAAACUUGACAAGUGCAGAAGUUGUAGUCCCUCGUGACCAGACACCUGAUGAAAAUGACCAGGUGGUUGUGAAAAUAACUGGUCACUUCUAUGCAUGCCAGCUUGCUCAGAGAAAAAUUCAGGAAAUACUGGCUCAGGUAAGAAGGCAGCAGCAACAGCAAAAAACAUUGCAAAGUGGACAGCCUCAGCCGAGACGGAAAUAAAGGUUUAGGAAAUGGCCCAUCAGAGACAGAUGCCAGACCAAAGACAGACUGUGCAACAGAGAGACGGGUGGUGAGCACCCGUUGAAGUUAUAUGCAGAAGAUCCACCAAGCCAAUCACCUGUUCGAGGACCAGGCAACCGCUGAACGCUGUCUCUGAGAAUGUAUUCUUUAGGCUCUCUCAAACUUUUGAAACCCAGCUUUAAAAUAAGGACCCCUUCACUUCCCUUUUGUUCUAUUCUCACAAUUUAACAUAAACUCGUUAGUCUUUUUUAUUGUUCUUAUUAUUCCCCAGCAAUUUUAGAACUUGGUUUAAUGAAGCUUUCUCUUCUGAGUUCACUGGUUUAAAAACAAACAAACAAAAAAAAACAACAAAAAAAACAAAACAAAAAAAAAAAAGAAAAAAGGAAAAAAAAAACAAAAAGAAAAGGCAUUGCUCUUAUAGGUCCAGCUGUAAAAGAAGAAACACAUUGGGAGGGUGGGGUGGUGGGUGGGCUGGGGUUAGAGCAGGGGUGUCGCCAAGAGUUUCAGUGUUAGCCCCGAUGUCGAAACAAGUGGCAUUUUUUUAAAAAAAGAAUUUGGUUGCAUUUUUUUUGUUACAUAACACUGCCAUGAAUAACCUAAGGGAAGUGUUGAAUGGUGUUGGCCAGGGCAUCAAAAGAUAAAUAUGCAUUUUACUAAACUACCUCAGGCAUUUAGUACCUCAAUGAGAAAUUGUUCCUUUUUCGCUUUUUUUUUCUUUUUUUCUUUUUUCUUUUUUUCUUUUUCUUCUUUUUUUCUUUUUUUCUUUUUUUUUUUUUUUUUUUUUUUUGGUAUUUUGUAUACUUUAUAAAGCUAAUAGUUCUUGAGCAUUUUAUUUUUUUAAAAAAGAAUUAAAAUUGGAUCAGCCACCAGCCAGGAGUACGACAGGCUGAGCGGGGAAAAAUAUAGCAGAGCACUUCUAGCUGCUGGCUGAUGGGAGUAAGGUGGGUGAAAAAAAAAAAACAAACCACGGCCUCAGGUUUUCUGAGGGCUUCAACACCAUCAUUUGUUUAAAAAAAAAAUUAAAAAAAAUAAAAAAAAAACAAAAUAAAUGCAGUGAAUGUUCAAAAGGUAGCGGAUGAUGCCAACAUCCUGAGAGCAGCAAUGCCGUUUAGUUUUCUUUUAAGAUGGGAUGAAAAAGUUUGUGACGGUACUUUUUUGGGAACAGGACAAGGAAGUGAUGGCAAGAGGCUGGGGUUGGGGGAAAAAAAAACAAUUAGAAGGCUGCAAGAGGCUGGAUUUUUUUUUGUUGUUGUUGUGCUACUUGAUUGAAUGCAUGAACCCUUUGUGCCUUUGACCAUCACUACCUAAUGAUGCUACAUUUAACCAUUUGCAGCCCAUUUGGACUUUGCCAUUUUGUUCAAAGAGCAAGCUUCAUCUUCAGUUUAAUAGAACGCUUGAUCCGCUAGGGCCUAUUGGAGGCCGCGAGGGUCUCUGCCAUCUGCGGAUCGUAUCAUACUGCUUUCAGUUACCACGAUGGGGGAAGGUCAAACAGUGUUUGACCACGUUGAAAGAUAACGAAGGCUAAGUUUACAUAUCCAGCCGCUGUUAUGGGCCACACUAAGCCACUUUGAAGGUUUUGAAAACUUAUUACAAGAAAAAAAAAAACAAAACAAACCAACAACCUCUCUAGCCUGGCUUAUAAUAGAUGCAGCAGGAUUUAUGCACGUUCUGCAACCAACCAUUAGAGGAAAAAACAAAAAACAACAAAACAAACGUCAAAAGGCAGGGAUAACAGGAAAGUUACCAAAUUUUUUUUCAUUUCAGAAUGUAAUUUGAAUGCUGAUUGUGGUAAUAGUGACACGUUCAAGGUUCUACAAUAAACUUCAGUCUACCUCAGUUUAAGAAAAAGAAAAAAAAUGUGGCAACACAUGGUGCAUAAAGACUGCUGUGUGUGUGUGUGUGCGCGUGCGCGCCUGUAUGCGUGUGGUCGACAGAGCCAUGCUAUUACCUCUGAACCUUUUUUUGUGAUGUUUUUUGUGCAUGAGAUGAUCAGAAUCACCAUGCUGCACUGAUUUGAGGGGCACAACGAGCAAAACCAUUUGUUUCAUCAUUUUGUUAUCUACCUCCUAGGUUCAUGUUGAAAUAGAGGCAUUACUACAUAGACUAGAUAAUUUUCCCAAAGAUCAUUGUUGUACAGAUUAGAUAAUUUUGAAAAUGGUCUGAAGUGUUUUUUUCCUGCAUCUCUUCUUUACUAAUCGGUUUAAAAACCACAAACUUAUGUUGUAGUUUUAGCAAAGAAAAAUGAGUUUCUUUACCUUUUUUUUGACAGUGACCUUCAUUCUAGCCUUUAGGAUAAUUCUUUUUUCUUACGAUGAAUUUAAAGUUACUGAAGUAUGAGAAGUCAUAGCAUUUUAAUUUUUGUCGAGGCUUAAGUCAGUCUGAUGUUUCUUUCUUAACGUUUGAGAAGGAUUUGACUUCAUUAUUUUCCAUAAGGAUGAUUUACAAAUAGGCGCUGCAUUUACAUCUACUGAUUUAAUUACUGUCAUCUCUCUUAAAUUUCUAGACUUAGUAUGAGAAAUCAUGUUUUAUUUUCAAUUGAGACUUGGUAAUUUGGAGUAUUUGGGAAUAGCUAGAAAGUAAAUACUGUAAAUGAUUUCAAAAUCCACAAAGUAUGGAUCAUUUUUCAUCUGUAAUGUGCCCCCCAAUGCAGCUCCACUUGCCAGAUGCCUCUGAAUGGAAUAAAGAGUUUAACUCCUAU